AUGCAGCUAAUAAAAGCCAUUUCGCUCUUCGCCACCCUGCCCUACGUCCUAGCAGACUGGCAAUAUCUCUCGCGCCCAGACCUCUCACCCCCACGACUAAACAUCACCGUCCCCGCCAAAUCCACCACUGAAGACGGCUACAUCUUCAUAACUGCUUACCCAGGAUUCGACCCAGACAGCGUCGGCCCCUUACAGCCAGGCGCCUAUAUUUUCCGCGACGAUGGCGACCUCGUCUGGUCCGGAAUCAGUUAUUUAGCCGGGUACAUAGCGAAUUUCGGGCCUACGGUUAUCAAUGGCAAGCCUGUUCUCAAGGCCGCGCAGGGGCUGUUGAGCGGAUCGCAUGGUCGCAUGUACGGGAACCAGGCGGUUUUGGAUGAGAGUUAUGAAACGGUGAAGGUCUUACGCGCGGCUGGACAUCGGCUGGUUUCUGUUCAUGAGUUUGAGGUUGUGGAUGGUGGGCGGAGUGUCCUUAUUGAGACACCAGUGCCUGUUCCGUUUGAUCUGGGCGAGUUUGGGGGUGAAGAGGGCCAGGAGUGGAUUCUUAGCAGUGGGUUUCAAGAGAUCGAUAUUGAAACUGGGGAGCUGUUGUUUGAAUGGUUUAGCCUGGACCAUAUCAGCCCCAAGUACAGCGCCCUCCCCCUUGAACCAACCGGUCCCUUCAACUCGUUCAACUCCGAAGACGCCUGGGACUACUUCCACCUCAACAGCGCUGCAAAGGACAGAGACGGCAACUACCUAAUCUCAGCACGAAACUACGCCGCCAUCUUCAAAAUAAACGGCACUUCAGGCGAGGUCAUCUGGCAACUAGGCGGCUCACACGGGUCAGACUUCGAGGUCCCUUCUAACGUGGAAUUCGCAUUCCAGCACGAUGCGCGGAUCCGGUAUACCUCUGAGAACGGAGAAAUCGAGCGCAUCUCUUUCUUUGACAACGCGGAUCACUCGCAGUUAGAGCCCGGCCAUGGGAUUGGCGGAUUCUCCAGAGCGAGAUAUGUAGAGCUAAACCAUACCGCUGGGACAGUGAGCGAGAUCCAGACAUUCUGGCCACCUGAUCCCCUCGUCGCGAACUCGCAGGGUAAUGCGCAGUUUCUGCCUGGAGGGAAUGUCUUUGUCAACUGGGGCCAGGCGGGUGCAGUUACGGAGUUUAGCCAGGGUGGGGAGGUUCUCUUCCAUGCUUACCUUGAUUCGUAUCCGAAUAAUCGGGUGCAGAGCUAUCGCGGGUUUCGAAGCGCCUGGACCGGGUAUUCUGGGGAGGGUGUUGCGGUUCUUGCGCUGGGGGAUUCAAGUGGUGAGGUGGCUGUUUAUGUUUCCUGGAAUGGGGAUACGGAGACUGAUGUCUGGCGGUUCUAUCUCGUUCAUGGAGAGACGGGGGCAGAGCGCAAGUACCUGGGUGAGAAGAAGAGGACUAGCUUUGAGACCGAGUUUCAUACAUCUCUUGACUUGUCUUCGGAAGCUGGUCGAGUGUUUGUUGUUGCUGAGGCACUUGAUAGGGAGGGCAGCAUCUUGGGACGCAGCAGAAUAACUGGUCUGUCGGAUAGAAAUCCUUAUAUCUCUCAUCUUAGGGGGGAAAGCUGGGCGACAGAGGACCUACUGGAGCAGGGAAGACCAGAGCUAUAG